UAAAAAAAGACCGCUACUCCGCUGCAGAAGCCCAGCUCUGUUACUGGUUACCGCGAAGCAGGAUAUCCCCAUAUGGACGUAGAAACACCACCUCCAUGCCCAAAGGAGCCUCCGAAAAUCCACCGCCUCGACCAGUCGGUCGUCAACAGGAUUGCCGCCGGGGAGGUCAUUCAACGCCCCGUCUCCGCCGUCAAGGAGCUAGUAGAGAAUAGCCUCGAUGCUUCCGCCACCUCCAUCAGUGUCGUUGUUAAGGACGGAGGUCUCAAGUUCAUCCAAGUCUCCGAUGACGGCCAUGGAAUCCGGUAUGAAGACUUGCCAAUACUCUGCGAAAGGCACACCACGUCGAAGCUAUCGGCAUUCGAGGACUUAGAGACUAUAAAAUCAAUGGGGUUUAGGGGAGAGGCAUUGGCCAGCAUGACGUAUGUUGGCCAUGUUACAGUGACGACGAUAACAGAAGGCCAGUUGCAUGGUUACAGGGUAUCUUAUAGAGAUGGUGCCAUGGAGAAUGAACCUAAAGCUUGUGCUGCUGUUAAAGGGACUCAGAUAAUGAUUGAGAAUCUAUUCUUUAACAUGAGCGCUAGGAGGAAAACGUUGCAGAAUUCUGCAGAUGAUUAUUCAAAGAUAGUAGAUUUGAUAAGCCGGUUUGCAAUUCAUCACAUAAAUGUUGGCUUUUCUUGCAGAAAGCAUGGUGCUGCCAGACCUGAUGUUCACACAGUUGCUACAUCCUCAAGAAUUGAUGCGAUCAGAUCUGUUUACGGAGUUGUGGUUGCUCGUGACCUAUUGAGCAUAACUGCUGCAGAGAAUGACCCAUCUAGACCAGUGUUUGAGAUGAAUGGGUUUAUCUCCAAUUCAAAUUACAGUGCGAAGAAGAUAACUAUGGUUCUUUUUAUCAAUGACAGAUUGGUCGAGUGCACUUCUUUGAAGAGGGCCAUUGAAGUUGUUUACACUGCAACCUUGCCAAAAGCAUCGAAGCCUUUCAUUUACAUGUCUAUUGUGUUGCCGCCUGAGCAUGUGGAUGUGAACAUACACCCAACAAAAAAAGAGGUUAGCCUUCUGUAUCAGGAAAGCAUCAUUGAGAACAUACAGGCUGCAGUUGAGUUGAAGUUGAGGAAUUCAGAUACUGUGAGGACAUUCCACACACAGACAACACAUCCCUCUACAUCUGCUCCUCUUGGUGCAAGGAGGGAUAACCAAAUUAAUUCCUCAGAUCCUGUGUCAAAAUCCCAGAAAGUCCCUGUGCAUAAAGUUGUGCGAACAGAUACUCUGGAUCCUAUGGGAAGAUUGCAUGCCUACUUGCCUGCCAAGCCUCCUAGACAACAAGGAGGGAAUUCUUGCUUAACUGCUGUGCGAUGUGCUGUGAGACGAAGAAGGAAUCCAAAGGAAAGUGCAGAUCUUACUAGCAUUCAGGAGCUUCUGAGUGAAAUUGAUUCUAAUUGUCACUCUGGUCUGCUGGACAUUGUGAAGCAUUGUACAUUUAUUGGAAUGGCAGAUGAUCUUUUUGCAUUACUUCAAUACAAUACCCACUUAUAUCUUGUUAAUGUGGUGAAUUUGAGCAAAGAACUUAUGUAUCAGCAAGUUCUACGUCGAUUUGCCCAUUUCAAUGCUAUACAACUAAGUGAGCCUGCUCCACUACCAGAGCUAAUAAUGAUGGCACUGAAGGAGGAUGUAGACCCAGAAUGUAGCGAGAAUGAUGAUCUAAAAGAGAAAAUUGCUGAAAUGAACACUGAACUGCUCAAGCAAAAAGCUGAAAUGCUAGAUGAAUAUUUCAGCAUUCACAUAGAUCAAAAAGGGAAUUUGUCUAGGCUUCCUGUCAUACUUGAUCAGUACACACCUGAUAUGGAUCAUGUGCCGGAAUUUGUAUUGUGUUUGGGCAAUGAUGUGGAUUGGGAAGAAGAAAAGAAUUGCUUUCGAACAAUUUCAGCUGCCUUAGGAAAUUUCUAUGCUAUGCAUUCUCCUCUUUUGCCAAACCCUGGUGAGAAUUUGCAAUUUUAUAAGAAGGAAAAACAGUUGGGAACUAGGGAAGACAAAAGAGAUGGCUGCAAAAGCUUAGAGGAUAACAGUGCCAUGGAAAAUGAGAUUGAUGAGGAAUUGAUCUCGGAGGCAGCGACUGCAUGGGCCCAGCGCGAAUGGAACAUCCAACAUGUACUAUUCCCGUCAAUGAGACUUUUCCUGAAGCCACCUAAUUCAAUGGCUACAAAUGGAACUUUUGUCCAGGUGACUUCAAUGGAGAAACUUUAUAAGAUUUUUGAAAGAUGUUAAACUAGGGUUGUUGGUUGCUCAUUUUGGUUUUUUGAUUCCCUAAAGCCCCUGAAGAUUCGCAUUUGGAUGGAAUACAAAACUCUGUAUAUGAUGUGCCUGUCGAAAAUGUCCGAUAACUAUCAAAAAAUGUGUUUCGAAAAGCCAUUCAGAGAGUUGAAGUUAUUUUUUUUUUAGUUUUUUUAUCAGUAGAAACUUUAAAGACACUGGACUAUUGUUUGAUUGAUAAGCUAGUCUUUGGACCGUCACAACAAUGUUUGAACAUUUGAUGAACAAAAUACUUGUACAAAUUCUACCCAAAAAUACUUGUAUAAAAUGCUAGAUUGGAAGCCAA